AUGAGUGUCACAAUCAAGUUGUCAAACGGUUCUCAAAAAACCGUUGAGGUCCCGGAUUUGAAUAUAACAGUUGCAAAGUUUAAGGAAAUCGCGUCGGCCGUCACCAACAUUCCUGCCGAUGAGCAAAGAAUUGUACUACGGGGCAGGGUUCUAAAAGACGGCGAUGUUCUUUCUGCUAUGGGUAUGGAACAUGGACAAGCUGUACAUAUUGUCCGAGGUCAAAAAAGCACAAAAUCGGAUGUGGCUCCCUCAUCCGCACAGGAAUCGGCAAGUGUGCAGGAGACUCAAACAAAUACGAAUCCACAAGCAAGAGCAGAAACUGUAAAUCCGUACGCGGCUUUAGCAGCGAAUUUGCCUGCAAGUGGAGGUUUUUCUAACAACAUCCCUGGAAAUCCCAAUCCCGGAAUGCAGAUGCCUCCUGAACUCCUAUCAAACAUGUUGCAGAACCCGGCGUUUAUGCAGUAUUUUCAAGAAAUGAUGAGGAAUCCCCAGUUUUUACAACAAAGGAUGCAACAACCACAACAACAAUCCCAAUCCCAAUCCCCUUUUGGUAUGAAUGAAGGAGAAAUGCAACGGCUUUUAAACAAUCCCAUGUUUAUGCAGUUUGUCCUUCAAAUGAUGAGUGAUCCGUCCAUCAUGCAGCAACUGACUCAAUCGUUGGGUGGUGGUUUCCCGGCAUCGAAUACCCCUUUAUUUGGACAACAAAAUGCUCCGGCACCGAAUUUUGCUCAAAACACGGGCUUUUUUCAGCCGCAAGGGGAUCCUCGAGUUCUUUACCAAUCCCAGCUUCAGCAGCUAAGAGAAAUGGGAUUUACAAAUGAGCAGGCCAACCUUGCUGCAUUGGAGCAAGCACAUGGCAAUAUUGACUUCGCCAUUGAAAGACUUCUUAAUGCGUGA